AUGUUUGAACCACAACUUGGUAGAAGCAUUGAGGUUUAUAUCGAUGACAUGGUUGUGAAGAGUAAAGUGGUGUCCGAGCAUGUGGAAGAUCUCACGAAUAUCUUCGGGAUACUGAGAAAACACAAGUUACGCUUGAAUGCUUCAAAGUGCUCUUUUGGUGUAGGCUCCGGGAAGUUCUUGGGAUCAGCCGAGAGGUGUCGUCCCUUUUUCCGUCUACUGCAUAAGUGGCAAGGAUUCGAAUGGACCGAGGAGUGUGUUGUGGCGUUCCAGCAAUUGAAGGAGUACCUAUCCAGGCCGCCUAUCAUGUCUAGUCCUGAGGUGGAUGAGGUAUUGUUUGCUUAUCUGGCAAUUGCUCCCCAUGCAGUUAGUUUUGUCUUAAUACGAGAGGAUAGUGGCGACCAAAGACCAGUUUACUACGUAAGCAAGUCCCUUCAUGAGGCUGAGGUGAGAUACUUGUCAUUGGAAAAGGCCAGCUUGGCGGUGGUCCAUGCAACACACAAACUUCCGCACUACUUUCAGACCCAUAUUGUGGUUAUCUUGACCCAAUUACCUCUCAAAUCCAUACUAAGAAGUGCAGACUACACCGGAAGAAUUGCUAAGUGGGGCACAAUUCUAGGUGCUUUCGAUAUCAAGUAUAUGCUUCGCACCUCUGUGAAAGGCCAAGUCCUUGCCGAUCUUGUAGCCGAGUUCACCGAAUGCCCAGAAGAAGCGAAUAUGAAGCAAGACAACAUGGAUGAAAAAUCGGUUGGUCUAAUAUCCACACAAGGCAGAUCCUCCUGGAGGGUAUAUGUAGACGGGGCAGCAAACCAACGGAGGGCAAGAUUGGGGCUAGUUUUAAUAUCCCCUGAAGAGAUCAUUGUUGAGAAGUCCUUAAGAUUUGGAUUCUCGACUACUAACAACGAAGCAGAGUACGAAGCUUUGUUGAUGGGAAUGAGUAUGGUCCAGAAAAUGGGUGGAAAGAUAGCAGAAUUAUUCUCGGAUUCAAAAUUGGUAGUCGGACAAGUGAAAGGAGAGAUGGAGGCCCGAGAUCCAAGAAUGCAGGGGUAUUUGAGCCAAGUUAGGCGUAUGCAAACGAAGUUUGAGUCUUUCGACUUGUCACAUAUUCCCCGAGGUGAAAAUACUCACACCGAUUCCUUGGCAACCCUUGCCACCUCCUCGGUACGGAAUUUUCUGCGGCUGAUCAUCGUUGAAGAUUUGCCUACACCCACCUCUCCAAAAAAUGACAUUUGCCUAGUUUAUCAAGCCAAUCUAGCGCCGAGCUGGAUGGAUCCCAUAUUGAAAUUCCUUGAAAGUGACAUCUUGCCCGAAGAGAAAGUAGAAGCUGAGAAAAUACGAAGGAAAGCUCCUCGGUAUUGGUUAUCUGAGGACAAAAAGUUAUACAAACGGUCAUUCUCUGGGCCGUACCUGCUCUGUGUACAUCCUGAGACGUCAAAGUCAAUCCUAGAAGAGCUGCAUGAAGCUGGUUUGUCUACCUCCACGGUGGUGACUUCCCCUUUAUCCUUAGCAGCUCCCCCAGCUGGCAAGACUGUGGAGGCCAAAUCCUGUUGA